UGAAGCAGUGAGAAUUGGACUGGAGAAUGGCGCAUGCUUAUGUCACUUCAUCUGAUGGGCACUGCCUUGCGGACCCAGUGCAGUACUAUGAUAUUUUGCCAGAACAAAUCAAUUAUCAACUUCACAACACUGAUUUUCAAGAAUCACCUUAUUGCCAGUAUUCCACUGCUCAGUUUCCUGCAGCUUUACAGUCCCAAUCUUUUCAAAGUCAUUUGAACCCUUAUAGCUUGGAUCCACAGUGCAGUGGUGAUGGACAAUGUGGACUUGGUUUCUGUGAAUUAAGCAAACCCACUUACAUGACUGCUCUUGAUGCUGAAGAUGAAUACCCUGGAAUAAAAAGGUCCAGAUCAACGUACUCUUCCUUGCGAAUUAAGGGACAGGAAGAACUUUGUGUAGUUUGUGGUGAUAAAGCAUCAGGAUAUCAUUAUAAUGCGCUUACUUGUGAAGGUUGCAAAGGUUUCUUCCGACGUAGUAUCACCAAAAAUGCAGUAUAUAGUUGCAAGAAUGGUGGUAACUGUGAGAUGGACAUGUACAUGCGUAGAAAAUGUCAAGAGUGCAGACUGAGAAAGUGUAAGGCAGUAGGAAUGUUGGCAGAAUGUUUGCUCACGGAAAUCCAAUGUAAAUCAAAGAGACUUCGAAAGAACUUUAAGCGGAAUAGUUUCUACUCUAGUAUCAAAGUGGAAGAGGAAGGAGAGGACAAUAAACUUGUAUCGUCUACCACAAGAUCUGGAAAAGUGAUUCAGGAGAGCAUGGAACUAACUCAAGAGGAACAUCAAUUUAUUAAUACCAUUGUGAUAGCUCAUCAAAAAUACUUGAUGCCUUUAGAGGAAACCAAGAAAUGUCUGCAGCAACACGCAAAUCCUGAACUGAGCUUUUGGUGGCUCUCAGAGACAGCAACGCUACACAUACAUGGGCUAAUAGAUUUUACCAAGGCUCUCCCAGGAUUUGAAAACCUAACCAGUGAGGAUCAGACUGCAUUACAGAAGGGAUCAAAAACCGAAGUGAUGUUCCUUCAUGCAGCCCAGCUCUACAACCAGAAAGAAUCAGCCUCUGAACGUCCUAUGAGGAUAGCAAGUCAUUCAACGCAUAUACUGAACCUGAACCUUCACACUCAGAGUGAUGCUAGAAGUGUUAGUUAUUCUACAGAACAAUUCUGCAGUGAGGAUUGUCCUUCUUCUAGUUUAACUGGUAUUACUGAAGAAUUUAUCACCUCAGUGUUUUACUUCUACAGAAGAAUGAGUGAACUUAAUAUAACUAAUACAGAAUAUGCUCUGCUUGCAGCAACAACUGUGCUUUUUUCAGAUCGUCCAUGCCUUAAAAAUAAGCAACUUGUGGAAAAUUUACAAGAACCAGUUUUACAAAUUUUGUAUAAAUAUUCAAAAAUUUAUCAUCCAGAGGACCUACAGCAUUUUGCUCGUCUCAUAGGGAAGCUUACUGAACUAAGAACUCUGAAUCACAACCACUCAGAGAUACUUAGCGGUUGGAAAACAAAGGAGCCCAAAUUGAUGACAUUACUGUCUGAGAAAUGGAAUUUGUAUUCACAUUGUUGAAAUUUUAGGAUGUUGUGGUUUGUCUUAAAGUUUGUAAUCUAAAUUGUUUACUCUGUCAUCAUAGAAUCAUUUUUUGAAAAACAUGAAUAGGAUUGCUGUUAUCAAUGUAUCACCACAAAAUGGACAUCAUUAGUGCUAAUUAAAUUUUAUGAAUAUAGGACUGCCACUAGAGGUCCAUCUAAGACUCUUUCCAAGAUUGGAUCCAGAAGAAGCAAUGGUCAUUGUGCAUGGUUCCUUCAAGAGGAAUCAGAGUUCUUGCUGAAAGAAACUCCAUUUUUUUUAAUGUAGAAAAUUGAAUGAAAAUAUAUAGAUGUCUUAUAGACAAGAAAAAGGCUAGCUAGUGGAAACAGUUGUAAUUGGAAUAGAAGCAGUUUGGGACCCUCAUUAAGGUCAAAUUGAUGAAAUAAGGAACUAACACUUUAAACUUAUUCCUGUUACAGUAUUUUAUGAAGCAUUAAAGGAGAGCAAACUUUGUACAAUUCUUUUCUUAAUGUCUUUUAAAAAAGAGAGCUUUUAGAAGUCCAGAUGAGAAAAUGUGUGAUAAGAUAUUGAAGACAUUAAGAUAACAGACCAUUAAAAUUUAUUAAGAUAUAUUAGAAAAAUUGGCAUACAUUUUGAUUUUUUUUCAAUUUUUAAAAAACGAAGAUGGUGUUUUUAAAACCUGAACUCUUUCCACAAGCAUUUAGCCCUUUGUUGGUAUAGAACGGUAAUGUAUAAAAUAAAUUUCUUGAAGUACAUGAAAAGUGAGAAAUUCUAUUGUGGCACUAUUU